AUGUCAUUCAAUCAACUUUCAUCAUUACCAACUACAAUAUCCACUGAUCUACCAAACUUAAUCGUACUCGAUUUGAGUAAUAAUCAAUUUCAAGGCAAUAUCAUUCAACCAUCUCUUGUCUAUAUUCGUGAACUUGAUUUGGGUAAUAACUUGUUGACAACACUCAACGGUAUUGGUGAAUAUCAAGUAUUGCAAAGACUUACAUCGAAUUAUAAUCAAAUUCGAACGAUUCUAUUACCAUUAGAAAUCAUGAGAAUUUCGCCAAUAUUACAAUAUUUAUCAAUUACUUCGAAUCUAUUGUCGUCAAUUCCAUAUCAAAUGACAAAUAUGAGAUCGUUAAGAUAUGUCUUUGCCAUGAAUAACACAAUUCCCUACGAUGAAAAAGCUUAUAUAAUCAAAUUGUUUCAAGGAACAUCAAUAACCAUAAAUCUUUUUUGA